AUGGUGGAUGGAGUCGUUGCCGACCCUGAAAGAGCGAUCGUUGGGCAUAUGGGCCUUCUGCCCAGUUUGUCUGCGCGAGAUGAUGGCAUCACCACAAGGCUCGACCCCAUGGCCGUGAUAUGUUGGAGGCGAUCUCCUGUUGCAGUCCUGUUCCUGGCUGGGCGUACAAUGGGCGAGGCUUGUGAGGGGCUGUCCCAGAUUCAAUGGCCCAGUCCAUGCAGCUCUGCUACUCUGAGGACCUCCCCAUUUAUGGCUACUGUGUGGGGGCAAAGUGCAGAUCGAUGCAAGAAAAUGAUCGGAUUGCUCACCCAGCAUCGGUUGCCCAGCCAUGAAUCCAUAGCUGCAAGCACCAUGUGCCGCCAGGGCCGCCAAAGGCGCAUCCAUUAG